UCUGACACUGUGGAACUCUAACUCUGUUAACCCACUGUCGGCACUCUCUUUCUCUCUCUAAUUUGCCUCUUAACUGUACCUUGUGUUCUCCGUCACCGGCCGGACAUUUUCUCCGACACGGUUGUCAGUUUUUUUUUUUUUUUUUUUUUUUUUUUCACAAUGGUGUUUGUUACAUCGAAUUUGACCCGCAUUGUGUUGUGGUGGUUUACGACGGUGGUGUUUUGGUGCUCGGAGAUCUCCGGUGCGAAGGUGAAACAUGUUACUAGCUCACAUUGGCUUCCGGCCACUGCCACGUGGUACGGCAGCCCCGAAGGCGAUGGCAGCGAUGGUGGCGCGUGUGGGUACGGAUCUCUGGUGGAUGUGAAACCGUUUCGGGCGCGUGUGGGAGCAGUGAGUCCGAUUCUGUUUAAGGGUGGUGAAGGGUGUGGGGCCUGUUACAAAGUGAAGUGUUUGGAUAAAUCGAUUUGUUCCCGCCGGGCCGUGACGGUUAUUAUAACCGAUGAAUGUCCCGGCGGAUACUGCUCUGGUGGAAAGACACAUUUUGACCUUAGCGGUGCCGCUUUUGGUCGAAUGGCGGUAGCCGGUGACCACAGCCAGCUUCGUGACCGUGGUGUGCUCAACAUUGUUUACCGCCGAACACCGUGUAAAUACCCUGGUAGAAACAUCGCCUUUCAUGUAAACGAAGGAUCCACGAAUUAUUGGCUUUCGCUUUUGGUCGAAUUCGAGGGUGGAGAUGGUGAUGUUGGAUCUAUGCAUAUAAGAGAGGCGCAUUCGACCGAAUGGCUAAAGAUGAGCCAUGUUUGGGGUGCAAAUUGGGUGAUUGUGAGAGGACCACUCAGAGGACCAUUCUCGGUCAAACUCACCACGCUCUCGACCGGAAGAACUUUGUCGGCAAGAGAUGUAAUUCCAGGCAACUGGGCUGUUAAAGCCACGUAUACCUCGCGUCUUAACUUUUCUCCCUAACCGAAAAAAUCUUAAUCAAAGGGUUCUUUCUGAUAUCCCAAAAUGAAAAACAUAAAAAAAAAUGUUUUUCUUACCUUUAUAAAUUUGACAUUAUAAAAUAAGAAGUAAAUCCCCAUAUUACCCUUUUCAUCCCAAGGUUAGAAAGGUAAUUUUAGCCUCACCACACCAAUAUAUCCGUUAUCAGUUGGGUGUUUUUUUCUCUGGGAGAUGAAAAUGGAAAAAAGUAACCGUUGGGAGUGGGUACCGUUUGGCUUUAUGUAUGGUGUGUGCAAGUCAAGUGGUUAUAUUGUAAUUUAGUGUUGGUUUGAGGGUAUUUUGCAGCCCCUCUCCAAAGGGAGAGUGAGCGCGCUUUUUUUCUUUUUUCUUUUUAUAUAUGUAAAACUUUGAUAGGGUGCGAGGUUGUGUGGGCCUUUUGGUCAUUUCAAAUAGGUUUGUGUUGGGCCCUAUGUUUGUUUGGUUGUUAUGUGUAAGGUGUUGAAUCAAUGAAUUGAAUGUAAUAUGUAAAACCUUUGGCUUCCUUUU